CUAGACCCGGCUCCGGUCCGGUGGCAGGCGCAGCGCCGGAGGGCGGCUGAGGCGGAGAUGGCUGCCGCGCUGAAGCACAUUGAACAGCUGUCCGGUCGGGUCGUGCGCGUGUUGGGCUGUAACCCGGGUCCCAUGACCCUACAGGGCACCAACACCUACCUGGUAGGGACCGGCCCCAGGAGAAUCCUCAUUGACACUGGAGAACCAGCAAUUCCAGAAUAUAUCAGCUGUUUAAAGCAGGCUCUGACUGAAUUUAACACAGCAAUUCAGGAAAUAUUAGUGACUCAUUGGCACCGUGAUCAUUCUGGAGGCAUAGAAGAUAUUUGUAAAAGCAUCAAUAAUGACACUACAUAUUGUGUUAAGAAACUCCCACGGAAUCCUCACAGAGAAGAAAUUAUAGGAAAUGGAGAGCAACGAUAUGUUUAUCUGAAAGAUGGAGAUGUGAUUAAGACUGAGGGAGCCACCCUAAAAGUUAUAUAUACACCUGGCCACACUGAUGAUCAUAUGGCUCUACUCUUAGAAGAGGAAAAUGCUGUCUUUUCUGGAGAUUGCAUUCUAGGGGAAGGAACAACUAUAUUUGAAGACCUAUAUGAAUAUAUGAAGUCCCUAAAAGAGUUACUGAAAAUCAAAGCUGAUAUUAUAUAUCCAGGACAUGGCCCGGUAAUCUAUGAUGCUGAAGCUAAAAUUCUAGAAUACAUUUCUCACAGAAAUACGCGAGAACAGCAGAUUCUUACAUUAUUUCAUGAGAACUUUGAAAAAUCAUUUACAAUAAUGGAACUUGUAAAAAUUAUUUACAAGAAUACUCCUGAGCAUUUAUAUAAAAUGGCUAAACGUAAUCUCCUGCUUCAUUUGAAAAAGCUAGAAAAAGAAGGAAAAAUAUUUAGCAACAUGGAUCCUGACGAGAAAUGGAAAGCUAAUCUUUAGUUUCAGACUAAUGAAAGCUUUGUUUUGUUUUGUCUUUGGAGAGUGGUAUGUUUUCUUAACUGUGGAUUAUUUAUAGAGAAUAUAGGUAGAGAACAUUGAAAAUAACCCUAGAUAUACUUUAAAAUAAUGUCAUAUUUAUUAUUAUAUAUGUAAAUUAGAUUAUACAUCUGUAAUGGAGGUUGUUUAUCUAAACUUGGUCUUAUAACAGUUUACCAAAAAUUUAGAAUCCAACAGUUUGUCAAUUUUCAAUGAAUUAAGUUAAAUGGUUACUUUAAAAAUAGUAAGAUUUAUCUAAUUCCAACUGGAUAUUAUUCUGAGAUAUUAGUUAUCUAUUACCAACAGUCAUUAAUACUAUUUUCUC